AUUAAUGCAGAACUUUAUUACCAAGUUGCUUAAUCUUUUUGGCAAUGCAUGUCAAAAAGCAUGGAUGUUUCUAUUUUAUAUCUGCGCAUAAUGAUUUGUGAUUAUGACUUUGUAAUGUUUAGAUUUCCACAUGACCUAAUGAUUCAUGCUGAGUGUGAAUAUUUAAGGUAAAAUUGGCAUGCUGCAGCAACCAGCAUGUUUCUACACGUUCCGGUGUGGCAAUUCAUGUGAGUGAGAGGCAUAACGCAACAACUUCUAAUGCCUUCAAUUUGCGACGGGUGGCAAGGCCAAUUCUUUGGAUGCCCAGUAGGCACUUUAGUCACUUUCAAACCUCUCGUCGAAAGUUGCCGUGUUCAAUUUUUCUUUUUUCAACACCUUUAACAAAGCAAGGUCACUUGCGAAUGGGGGAGUCGUGGAUUUGGAAGCUUUCAACUUUCAAGUCUCUACCCAAUAACAAAGACUAUCAAAAGGAGGGAACCUAAAAGAGCGAAGCCACAGGCCCCACAACACAAGCAGUAUUCUUGUUCACAAAUUACAGCGUGGAGACACGUGCCAUCUUGAAUUAAAUUGAACCAAUCAGCUUCCUCUAUAUCUCCCCCACCUUAAAUUUAGCUGUGUCCUAAAUUCAAUCAUAGAACCAUUUGUCCAUCUCUUUCCUCUUAUCUGAAAUCUUGGAUUAUCAGUUGGACUCAUAUCUCACAGACAACAGUGUCUUUGUCUACAAAAGCCCCAGAGGCCUCGUUUUGAUUUGAUUUGAUUGUGUUCCAAAGACUGUGCUUGGGUUUGGGUGUGGAGAUGCAUUACUCGGCCUGGAAAAGUGGGAUCGGAGAGCUGAGGCCUCUGGUUCACCUGCUGUUGCCACUAUGUGUCCACUGGAUUUCUGAAGAAAUGACUGUCUCUGUUAUUGUUGAUGUGGUUUCUAAUGCUCUUUGCCCUGCCAACCCCACUUGUCCUCAAGCCAUUUACUUAAAUGGGACUGAGCAAACGGUCGUUGGAAUUUUCAAGAUGGUGGUUCUUCCACUGCUUGGUCAGCUUGCAGACGAGUAUGGUCGAAAACCUUUACUACUUCUUACAAUAUCUACGAGCAUAUUUCCUUUUGCCUUAUUUGUGUGGGAUCAAUCCAAGGGUUAUGUAUAUGCUUACUAUGUGCUUCGUACAAUAUCAAAGAUACUCAGUCAAGGCAGCAUAUUUUUCAUUUCUGUUUCAUACGCGGCGGAUAUUGUACAUGAAAGUAGGAGAGCUGCAGUAUUUGGUUGGAUCACUGGCCUUUGUUCUGCUUCCCAUGUUGUAGGAAAUUUGCUAGCACGGUUUCUUCCCGAAAAGUACAUUUUUUCGGUGUCCGUAGUUUUACUGAUCUUUUGUCCGGUUUACAUGUAUUUCUUCCUGGUUGAGACCGUAGAACUAGUGCCAAAGGGUGAUGGAGAACCCGGUUGCUUGUCGAAGACGAUCAACGUUCUCAACAAACGAUUCAGAACUAUGAGAGAUGCAGCAUAUAUAGUCAUCCACAGUCCAACGCUUAGGAGCAUAUCUUAUGUUUCUUUCUUCCUAGAGUUGGGAAUGUCUGGUAUCACUAGUGUCUUAAUGUUCUAUUUGAAGGCAGCUUUUGGCUUUGAUAAAAACCAAAACUCAGAAAUCUUAAUGCUGGUGGGAAUAGGCUCAAUUUUCAGUCAGAUGUUGGUGCUUCCACUGAUAAAUCCACUGAUCGGAGAGGAAGCUAUAUUAUGUAUGGCCAUACUUGCAUCGAUAGCUUACGCAUUGUUCUAUGGCUUCGCAUGGGCAGCUUGGGUAGCAUACUUGAGUGCCUCAUUUAAAAUAAUUUAUGUCCUAGCAAGACCUGCGAUUUAUGCCAUUGUCUCCAAAGCUUCGAGCUCAACCAAUCAGGGAAAGGCCCGAGGAUUUGUUGCUGGUGUGGAGUCAAUAGCAAGUUUAUUAUCCCCACUUGUGAUGAGUCCAUUGACUUCAUGGUUCAUUUCUGAGGAUGCCCCUUUCAAUUGCAAAGGCUUUAGCAUUGUUUGUGCCUCACUAUGCUUGGUGGUUUCUCUAUGGCAUGGCUGUUGCCUGGUGAAGGCCAGAGGCCAUGGAAGCCAUGGCAAGGAGGAUGAUGACCCGGAGACACCACUUUUGAGCAAUGCAUGAGAUGGAUAAAAUAGCUUUGCGAUAAAUAUUCAAUAUUAAAUUUUGUCAUAUUUUUUUGAGUUGAACGAUUUUAUCCACAUAUAUAUAUUAUUUUUUUCCUCUCUUACUAGCCAGUUUUAUUAAUUUAAUUAUGCUCGGAUUGACUGCUAUGUGAACUUAUUAGUGUGUAAAUAAUGUUAAUAUUCAUAGCUUUUUUUUUAAA